GCACCCAGCAAAAAUUGUAAACACCGACUUGGCAUGGGAUAAUGGACAAAUGUGGAAAAGUUCAGCAGAAGGUUUCAUGUGUAUUUGAGACUGAAAUACUAAAUGAACCUUCAAAUAAAAGACAAUUUCAAGGCUACAAAGUUGUUGCGUCGGAUGUUUUAAAAAACACGGCGCUUUUGAGUGAUGUAACGCGGUCGAUUGCAACAGAAAAAUUGGAUGGGACCUGUGUAUUUAUUGCAGAAUUUAAAGGUCGUCCAUGGUUGUGGGCUCGGUUGGACAGGAAACCAAAUAAAGCUGGCGACAAGCGAUUCAAGCAGUACAGGUCUUCAUUUCAGAAAUGGGAACAAAGCUCUCAAGAUCUACCUAAGCCCUCACUUGAAUGGGACAUGGAGAAAGAUUUUAAGCAAGUUCCAGAGCAUUGGAUUCCUGCCUCUGAUGUCCCUAUUGUAAACGGCCAUCCUCAGCCAGAUCAAAAUGGACACACCCCAGGUUGGGUUCCAGUGGAGAAGACUUCACGCCAGUAUUGCUGGCAUGCCUCAGCUGUUGACUUGGACCGAUCUCUUGGAUUGUUUAUGGGACAGGGGGAGGUUGUGAGUGGGGCUCAUCAUCUGCAGAUCCGUGUAUUACCUCUACAGAGUGUUCUUAGCCACACAGCAGAGCUUAUAGGAACACACAUCAAUGCCAAUGCCUACAAUAUAGGCAGCAAAAGAGAUCCGCUUCAUUUCCUGGUGAUUCAUGGAUCCAUCACUUUGUUGGAACCACCUGAAGUUUCUCUCCCAGCAAUCCAAUCUUGGUUUUCCACAGAGCAAGGACUAGUCGAGGGGAUUGUUUGGCACUGCUCUGAUGGCAAACUGUUCAAAAUUCACAGACACCAUCUAAAUUUGCCCUGGCCACUGAAAGAUGUAACGCCUGUUUUGACUCGAAAAAAAGUGGAAAUUCUCUUGGACAAUUUUGAUAGUGAAUCCGAGGAUGAUGUGAAUCCAGUUUUUUUGAAGCUGAAAAAACAUUCUAACAGGACUUGUGAUUCUGUUGUGGACUUGGCUCAACUGUUGGAAAAGGGUGAAAAUAAAAAUGAAUGAAAAUCAGUAAA